CUACGAAAUUAUAUCUAGGAAAAAAGGAGUUGGUAAGAGUUCAUAAGCUGCGGUUCCUCACCUAGUUUGAACUUAUUACAGCCAUGAUUGUUGUUUCUUAUUUUUGUAAUUUUCACAGUACUUCGAGAGAAACUUUUAAAGUUAUGCUUUUCACAGUUUUAAUACCAUGCUGAAUAUGCUAUUUAAAUUUAGCCAAACUUUUUUGUUUUGUUUUAGAUGAAUAAAAAAUUCUACGUGCUAUUGUUAUCCUAAAAGAAGCGCUAUGUGCUAUGACUGACGCAACGGAAAGUAACUUGGAGAAAUGCAUGGAGAAUCCUUGCAAUUGUAGUACGAGCAGCGCCAAGGAACAUAAAAGCGAAAGAAAGAUAAACAGGGUAAAAUGCCAACUAUGCGCUCUUGAUUUCCGUAAUAUCGAAGAUUUUCAACUUCACCAAAAAGAAAGUCAUGCAGAGACGAUUGCUAACGAUGAAAAAAAGAAAUGCGAGAGAAAUGAGAAGGAUUUCGGUGAUCUUAAAGCCAAUUUGAAAAAGAGUUAUCGCUGCGAAAGCAUGGUUAAAAACACUGGAGGUGUUGCAGUGAGAGGUUCACGAUACAGCUAUCCAUGUCCUUGUUGUGAGGAAAGCCUUGAUACGCAAAGAAGUUUGGGUCUGCACAUCAACGCUAAACAUAAUGGCGAACACCACUACGCGUGUGACACGUGCGGUAAAAAGUUCCUAACGCCGUUAAGAAUGAAUGAUCACGCGAGGAAGGUACAUGUUACAUCGAGAAAGUUUUUAUGCGAACCUUGCAACAAAGGUUUUAAAGACUUGCACGCUUUGAACAGACAUUUAAAAUGUUUUCAUACUGACGAGCGUAAGCACAUGUGCACUGUUUGCGGUUCGUUAUUUAAGAUGAAGUAUAGCUUGCAAGGUCACCUGCGUAACAUACACGGUGUAGGAGAACAGUCGUAUGAUUGCGACGUAUGUAAAAAGGUGUUCAUGUCGAAACUGAAUUUAGAUAGACAUAAAAAGCACGUGCAUGUAGAUGUUCCAAAAUUUUUUGGAUGUUGUGAAAUUUGUCAUAAAACGUUUGCUUCGGCUCAUAAUUUAAAAAACCAUAUCGAAGGCGUGCACAGCACGGAAAGAAAGUUUAAAUGCGAUAUAUGUGGUGCAACCUUCAAACGCAAACACCAAGUUGGCGAUCAUUUCAGAAACGUUCAUACGAAUGAUCGUAGAUACCCAUGUCCUUACGACAAUUGCGAUAAAGCUUAUAAGAAGGGCUCACAUUUGAAGUCGCAUAUUAAAAGCGCGCAUGGUGUAGAAUGUACAAGAGAGAUUAUUAAUAAAGCUUUUAUGAAAUAUAAACAACAAUGCGUAGAAGAAUCUAAGAGUGCCAAAAUGCCGGAAGACGAAGGAGUUAUUGUUUCAAUCAGUGAUCAUAACGCGGUCUUGAUUACUAACGACGAAGUUAAUCCCUCGGAUGGUCAAAACGUCCUCGUAUUAUCCACCAAUGAAAAAUCGUCAAAUAGCGCUACCCAGGAUGCAUUGCGAGCGAUCAGUAAUUUUAUUAGCGAAAACCAAGAUGGGGAGAAUGGGGUUCCGACAGAAGUCUACAUUGCUGUACAACAUGCUCCUGAGCAGCGUGAUUUAUCAUAUGAUGUGGUAAAAAAUAAACAAAUUACCUUGUCGCAAAAUGUACCGUUUGCUAGCGCCCAGACCUUAGUCGGUAGCAAUAUAAUGAUAGCAUCAGUUGUACACGUUGAUGGCAAAUAAAAUUAGUAAUUUCA